AGAAAUUAUUCCUGAAGAAAUGCACCUUUGUUGUUCGGUAGUAACGGAUACGUUAUUUGGAUUACAUAAUUAGAUUACAAAAAUCAAGAGUCUGCAAAUAGAAUAUGGUAUAUUUUAUUUUAUUUAUGACACGAUAACACAUGAAUCAGCAAGAGUAAUUGACUGUUUUUGUUAGAACGCUUUCUAAGAGCUAUACACGCCGGAGCUUCGUGUGAAGAUGGAGCGGUCUCGUUCAGCAUUUGACCACUGGAUGCACAAACACCACUUCACGUUCAGAGACACAAGAGGGAGAAACAUUACUGUUCAGUGCAACCUCUGCCUCCCAAAGAUCAACAUCUUAUCCACUGCAAGGGACUCGACGUCUAAUCUAAAGAAGCAUUUGGAGUGUCACUCACCUUGCCAGAUGCGCAAACGCCAGCACAGCGAAAUAUCGGAGCCUGAGCCUCUUUUUCACCCAUCCAAGCGACUAAGGUCUGCUGUAUGGGAGUAUUUUGGGUAUGUAAAAGACCCAGGAGGCACCAUCAAUGUUGAUGGUUAUCCAAUUUGUAGAAUGUGUCGGAAAAAAGUGUCUGCUCGGGCAGGCAACACCUCAAACAUGGCGCACCAUCUCCGUGACCACCAUCCCAAGGAAUUUGCAAAGAUGAAUAGAAAGCAUUCUGUGGUGUGUAGGAGAAAAAUAAGAGAUACACCAAGCAGCGAUGCACCAAGCAGUGAUGGACCAAGCAGUUAUGGACCAAGCAUUUUGGAAAAGGAAACGGCAGAACCAUCUGAAGCAAAAGAAGCUAAGAUUGAUCCCACAAUUUAUUAUCAAACAUCGCAAUCAAGGCUAAAUACCCUGGUUUUCAAUUUCAUUGUGGAGGAUGUGCAACCUAUUUCCAUUCUAGAGCAAGCUGGUUUCAGGAGGUUGAUCGAAAUUUUAAGCAGGGGCAAAAAAGUCAUGAGUCAAAAUGCUUUUAUCACCAAACUUGAAGUAGUAUUCAAUAAAAUGAAAGGGGAGCUAAAAGUGAAACUCGACAAAGUGAAGACAUUAUGUACAACUGCUGAUGUAUGGUCUGUGCAGGACAGAAGUUAUUUUGGAAUGACUUGUCACUGGCUGGAGGACAAUCUAGAAAGGAAGUCUGCUGCUCUUGCCUGCACAAGAAUCCCCAUCAGCUACACUUGUGAAACCAUCAUUGCUAAAAUUCAAGAAAUUCAUUCUUCCUAUAACAUCGAGAGCAAGGUUCAGGCCACCGUCACUGACAAUGGUAACAAUUUCAUUAAAGCCUUCAAAGAAUUCUCCUCUGAGGAUGACCAAGAUGUGGAGCAAAGUCAUUUUGAGGAUUUGGGCAGUAUUCUUUGUGAUGGAGAAAUGGGUGGAGACUUCUUUCUGAGUUAUUUCUUGCCACCCCACCAACGGUGUGCUUCUCAAACACUGAACUUGAUUGCCUCAAAGGAUCUAGCGGAUGCUGUCUCAAAAGGACAGACAGGUAAACUGCACAGCAGCGCAACUGAAAAAUGUGCAGCAAUAUGGCACAAGGUCCAAACUUCCACCGUAGCUGCUGAUGCAAUGGAAUCCAUUGCGAAAAUGAAAUUCACAUUUCCUUGUCUCAAUCAGUGGAGCUCAGAAUACUAUGCCAUUAACAAGCUGAUAUCACUUACUGAUUCGCAGCUCAACGAAUUGACCGAAGUCUUAGGUGUUCCAUGUUUUACACCUGAUGAAACUGCGUAUCUCACAGAAUAUACUGACGUCUUCAAACCAGUGGCUUUUGCGCUUGACCUUCUACAUGGUGAAGAAAAGUGCUUCCUUGGCAUUGUGAUACCAACGUUGUUGACCCUUAAAAGGAAGCUUGAGGAAAAGGCAGCAAACACCCGCCUUUUCUCCAAGGUCAUCGACAGCACUGUUAAGGCUAUUGACUCUCGCUUCAAGCAGGUGUUUGACAGUUCUGAUGCCAGAUUGGCCACAGCCACCAUGCCACAGUUUAGACUCUGGUGGUUACCAGAAGAUGAGAGGGAGAGUCUUCGAGCACAGUUGGUCACUGAAGUAUUACAGGUCGACCAAGGGACUGAAGAAACUGAGACCAAUGGAGGCUCUGUUCAUGAGGAUGAAUUCUUCUCAUAUGGACCUGGGAGUUCUAGCAACAAAGGUGGAAAGAGGGAAGCAUCGGAAGAGGUGUGGCUGUAUCUUCAGGGCACAAACAAAGAUCUGAAAUGCUUAAAUGAAUUUCCUGGAGUGAAAAAAGUGUUCAUCAAGUUCAAUACAACUCUACCCUCAAGUGUUCCAGUACAACAGCUCUUCAACAAUGGGGGCAAUAUUAUGACCCCAAAAGGACAUCACCUCUCAGAUGAACAUUUUGAGCGUGUACUCCUUUUACGUUACAACAGCAAAAUCACCACUGCUUUGGAAUAAUUCAUGGAGUAACACUACUGUAAAUAGAUUCUCUUUAAUUUUGGGUAGUUAAUAGGAUGUAUGACCCCCCCCCCCCUUUAGUUAUUCCACGAAAAAGCAUGUGCAACCAAAAAGCUUUGGUCAACGUUUAUUUCUUAGAACACAUGCAUACAAAAAUAAAUAUUACUUUUAAAGUUUAGACUAGUGGUUCUAGAACUGUUCAUACAACAUGUUAGUCCUUGAAUAAUCUAAAUGUAUAAAGAUUAGUUCUUACUCUAAAUCAUGAUUUGAUGUUAAGAGCUGUUGCUCAAUGCUUUAAAAAAUGCAUAACUGUAACCAUGUUAAAGCACCAGGGGCCCGUUUCAGAAAGGAGGUUAAGUGAAAACUGACUAUGUUAACCCUGAAAUGAGGGAAACUCUGGGUUUUCCAUUUCAGAAUGGGAGGUUUGUCAAACCUGAAAAAACAGAGCAGUCAAGCCCGUUUCUGAAUGAGAGGUAACUUACUCUGUAAACCUAACCUGGUUGGGAGCAGGUUUUCUUCAGUAAAUCCAGAGUUUCUUAUGGUCUCCUCACUUUUUUUUAAACGUAAGCGAUGUUUAAAUACUUCUUAUUUUCAUGCUGUAAAAAUUAUUUUCUUACUGUGUAUUUUUGUCUUAUUUCAAGUACAAAUAUCUAAAAAAUGAUUACGUUAAGAUGCAAUUUCUAUAGAUGAAAAAUGUAAGAUAUUUAGUCUUGUUUCCAGGGGGAAACAAGUGUAUUUAAGUCCAUUUUACCUAAAACAUGUGAAAUUGUCCGCCAUAGGGUAAGAAAAAUCUUAAUGCAAACAGAAAUAAGCAUAUUUUUUAUUUCUUACCCCACUGGAAGAAAAUUAGCAAAAAAAGAAAAAUGCACUUCAAUUACACCCCCACCCCCCAAUGGAAGCAAGACUAAAUACCUUAUGUCUUUUUUUAUGUAGUAAAUGCAUGGUAAUAUAAGAAUAUGUAAGAUAUUUUGACUGGAAAUAAGAA